AUGGCUAGAAAGGAGAAAUUCACAAAUGCACCUGUUCUGUUUGUUAAGCAGGGCAUACAGUUCAUUCACAAGUGCAAGAAGCCAUCUCAGAAGGAAUAUUUGCAGUUAGUGAGGGCCGUUGGAAUCGGUUUCCUUAUGAUGGGUGUUGUUGGAUAUCUCAUCAAGUUGAUUCACAUCCCAAUCAGGAAACUGAUUAAUCGAAUCCAACUUUCAAAGGUGAUGAGCUUCUCGUCGUUGCUAGCUGAAAUUACAAAAGACAAGAAGCUUGAAGACAAAUUAAAAAAGGAAGAGAAGAAGUUCAUUGGAUUGCACAGUUUAAACAAGAAAAACGCCAAAAGCCGAACGCAACCAGUUCGAAAAUCUGAUAAUGUCACCAAGUGGGAGACUGGUGGCCCCACGAGAAAUGUGGGACUGAAAUUUGAAAGUUUGCAUCGAGAUUAUCGUCCAGAUCCUGCUGUUGAACGUUUAAAAGCUGCAAGAAGGAAAGAAAGAGAACGUUUACAGGCUAUCAAAGAUGCAAAGUAUGGCAAGAAAGUUACGAGAAGAUCUGCUACCUCUGGUUCGAGACCAUCGAUUCAAGGCAGAUUGAAAAAUCAUGUGUCAGCAAGAUCACGUGCAACAUCGUCAGGAAAAGCAACAAGACCAAAGCGUUCAACCAGUAGGCGUAAUCGUGCAGUAGAGGCCAUCAAGCCACUCAAAGUCACGGCAGUUGGACCAAAAAUGACAUUCAAGGAAUUAAUGAAGAAGGCCGAUGAGAUGAAGGAAAUGCCUCAUCCUACAGUACAGCAUGUUAAGCGAGAAAUUGGUAUGCAUAAAGAAGCAUACGUUGCACAUAGGAGGCCUCAAAAUGUUAAAGAGAUUCGCAGGGCACGGCCACAAUUACAAUUGCAUAGUUCAUUUUCGGGAAGACCAUCGAAGGAGCUUCUAGAAAAGCUGUCCAGAAGAAAGACAAAGCAGAAAGCAAGAGAGAAAGUUAAACGCGCAACCCGCACUUCUCGUCCAGUUCAGUCUUUUCAAACCAGAAAGGAAGAAAAGCACACGGAUAAAUAUGGAAUUGAUGCGACAGAUUCGGAUGAUGAUGAUGGUAGCUAUGAUGAGGAUGUUUCUUCAAGGCAUCGCCGUCUAGAUGAUGAUUUGGAUGACUUUAUCGUGGAUGAUGAAGAUGAUGAUCGUGCUGCUAAGGAAUAUAGACAUAGAGCUGCCAUCAAAAGAGAUGGAUAUGACCGGGAUGAAAUAUGGUCAAUAUUCAACAGAGGAAGGAAAAGAAGACGUGAUUAUGGAUAUGACUCGUAUGAAGAUGUGGACGAGGAUGAUGAUGAUAUGGAGGCUACUGGUGCAGAGGUUUUGGACGAGGAGGAGCGUACCUUAAGGCAGGCAAAGCUUGAUGAUAGAAAAGAAGCUGCUAUUCUGGAAAGACACAGACUGGAAAAGCAGAAAAAGAAAAAGAGGCAGAUGAGCCACUAA